AUGGGUUGUAACAAUUCUCGCCACGUCCUCGAGAUGGAAUCUCGUCCCGUUCGUCCCGUCACCCUCUCGAGCCAUUCAGCUGGUUCUGCAAUGACUUCCUCCACCAUGUUCCAGGAUUACCCCGGACUGCGUCGACAACAAAUCAUCGACGCCUUUCAAAAGAUCGCCGAGUACCUCAACGAGUACGGCGUAAGCAUAGAUUGUGUCGCAGUCGAUGGUGCUGUCAACACCCUCUACCUUCGCUCAAGAGAGUCAACCCACGACGUCGAGCUUCUUCUCAACGAUCCUUCUUCAAAGGAAAGCAUUCUUCUCACCAACGCUGCUAGCUUCGCCAACAGUCAAGCCCAGGGCCGUCUUGGUGAGACAUGGCUCAACAGCUCCAUGCAGCUAUUCUUGCCGCGAAAUGUCCAGACGUCUCUUGUCCAGGAAGCAAAGACACAGAACGAGAUUGUCUUUGAGCACCAGGGAACCAACGGUGGUUUGAGGGUGUACGCUGCGCCCUGGUCUUUUGCUCUCUGCAGCAAGCUCAACCAUGCUUUCGAUCACCACAACCGAACCGAAGAUAUGGAAGACGCAGUUGACUAUCUCUACCGAUAUCUCAGCAUCACAGGCCAAGACUACAUCAUGGCUCAGCAGAUCAAGGAUUGGUGCCAGACAUAUCACCAGGAUGUGUCACGAGAGGUGCUCCGACGCUUGGAAGAGACCUAUGCCCGAAAGCAUGGCAACUGGCCUAUUGUGUGGAAUUAA